AUGGCGCUGGUACGACGGGAAGCUGGGACCACAUCGUCAUGCAUGGAGAGCGAUGAGCACGACUGUCUCUGCUCGGGAGGCUUUCGCGCUGCGGUAACCGACAUCCCUGGCGUCUUCCCACCCAGCGUCAUCGCACCCUGCUCGUUUGAUGGAGUACACUCACUAUGGCGCAAGAUUGCCACUGCCUUCCUCGUCACGCAGACCGACACACGGCCUAUGUCGCAUGCAGGAUUCCCCGACGAGGCCCUCGCACCACGGUCUACCGCGACCGUUGUGUUUACCCCUAUGUCCCCAAUUCCGCCCAGCAGGCAUCACCAUCUAUCUCAACUUGUACACCCAAACGGUUUCGCCAUCGACGACGCCGUUCCCCUCCUCGCCACCUCUACGCCGUCUGCCCUGGCCGACCUUCUCGCUGGCCCCGGACGACGGUCAGCUCAUAAUCGCUGA